AUGAAGAGCCACUGCCAUCCUUUGAUGCCAGACCGCCCAUCCAUUCCUGCAAAUAUCCCGGCAGCGAUUAAACCAGCAAAUGCGGUGGCUAUCCGUGUGAGCUGUCUUACCGCUCCCCUUGAGAUUGAGAUCCUGCUCGAGAUCAUCUACGCGGGCGAGGGCUAUCGCGCGGCAACUUUUUUUCCUGACAAGAUCGACUUCAUCCUGGAACAAAGUUUCAUGAAUUCAAUAGCCGACAGGAUUGCUCAAAGAUUUGGCGAUUCCAGGAAUAUAAAUCAUAAUUGGAACGCAUUAAACUUCACCGUGAUAGAGAUUGGAGUUAAGCUGUUGACGGAUGGAGUUGUAAUUAGUGCUAGAACAGUUUUUGUCACACAUAAAAAGUGGCACAACGAGAGAUAUUCCUAA